CUUUAUCCCGGGGCAACCUGGGAUUGUACAAAUAUCAAUUGGUAGUUCUUGGUUGAAUCGAAGCCCAUGACGGUAUCUACGCGGUUGUGACAUAAACAACCCCAAGAACCCUACAUGUAUCCAUACCUCCUUUUCCCGAGUCUCGACCACCCUUUCAACGGAACACCAGACCAACAAUACACACAUUAGAAGCGAACAAGGCUUCAGAAUUUUUUAUCGAUAGAUGCUCAUACCAUUCGCUGCUAGUCGCCCAUGGAACGUGCGAAAUGAACUUGUAUUAUGCCCCUAUCGAUUCGACCAAGGCCGACCCACUGCGUCAGGGCGGAUGUUCAGGGUCUUCCAUGUCGCGUAAGUUUUUGUAACUGGUGUACCAUGUUCACGAUGUCAAUUUGGGGUUGUUGAGAUUUUCGCGCGACAAAACGGUGUGGCCAAAUGACUUCAACCAGAGAGUACAAAACCCAGCGACAAGUCAACUACGAUAGAGCUCAAUCUUGUCCAGGGGCAGUAAGUGUAUUCGGAGAAUAUAGAACAAUGAUGGAACCUUCCGUUGCCUAGAGGCUAGACGCACGCGGGGACCACGAGCACUAUAGACCUACCAGCCCUACACCAGUAGGCCAACGGCAAGCCCUGUCAUUCACCUGUUCGCCCUCAACAUGGCGAUUCCUCGUACGGAUUCCAUAGGGGAAGAGCUCUCAACUCGACAAAAGCCCCACUUGUAAUAGAUCUACAUAACUGCCAUCUGCAUCCUUUCUCCUUUCCACUCCUUACGCGGAAAUCGCCCGUCAAUAACACACUCUCGUUUUAUAUAUCAAACCACUCACUUAUACACUCUCUACAAAUAUACCUACAUAUAAUAAUAUCACAUACACGAAUAUACCUUAAUACACAACACACCACACCAACACACGCAAGAACAUCACAUGGCCAUUUUCAGCAGCAGCAUGGCUCCCAAGAAGACUCCCACCGUCCAGCCCGUCACCGACGAUGCCUCCUCGUCCCACAUGGACGCAGUAGAGCCCAAGCGCCCAGGGACCAGCGGCACUGAAAUGCUCCUCAAGACAAACCGCCGCGACGCAUCAGCGCAGUUCCUCGCAGCCCAGCGCGCAGAGAACGCAUACAAGGCAAAGAAGCGAGCCGCCACGGCCCGCGAGCUUCGCACCGAGGCGCGCACACACUUCCGCCAGAGCGCUCAUCACUUGAAGGAGGGCGUCAAGAGCAUCAUCAACAUGGUCAAGGCUGUCCCUUGGAUGAUUAGGGAGAGAAAAGAGCGCAGACAGGCCGAGAGUGAGAAGAAGUCUUAUGAGAAAUCCAUGGAGAAGAAGAAGAAGUUGGAGGAGAUGAUCGCGAGACAGGAGGCGCAGAACGCGAAGGAGAAGCUCGAUGCUUCCACUGCUGAGGCUUAGACUGGCCAAAAUCUCUUGUUGAGUUGUUGAAGAUGCGCGAUCCCUUCUCUCCCCUCUCCUCCCCUUCUUCUCCUUGUGUCUUAUUUGUUUGCCUUCCGCUUUUCCAUCGCUUUUCAGAUCUUUUGACCGUUUUGCCUCGCCCCUGCUGGCUUACUUUUCCUUGUGUCUCUCUCUGUUGUUUGUUUUGUUUUCUUUAUCCCGUUCUACCCUCACUCCGUUGCUCGUCAAUAUACGAAGCGCAAUUUCCUAUGUCUCUCUCUUUUCUUUUCACAAUUUGCACUCACUCCCAUUUCCUUGUGUUCUCGCAUCUGCAAGAAGAGCGUUCUGUGCAGUGGCCUCGCCUUCUAGAGUGGAAGAAAGAAGCAGAAAAAAAGAGCGACGAAAAAAACAUCAACACACACUCAUACUCACACACACACUUGUUCUAGAAACAGCGGACACCAGUUUCACUGUUUUACAGGACGUUUUCACGGAUGUUUGUUGCUCUGCUUCCCUUUUUCGGUCUUUCACGAUGAAAUCGAUACCCCUCACU